UGAGGUUGGUGCGUUUGCGUUAAUACAAAUAGAACUUUUUUUUUUACUUGUACCUCGUUUUCCUUUAACAUUUUUUUUCUGUUUUUUUCUUAUAGUACAACAAAUCAAUGGCCACCCGGACGCAGAUGCUAAACAUGGAGGGAAUUUUUCAACAGUUUGCAAGAGCCACCAUCAUCAUGAAUCGAUUCAUCGUUUUGCUGCUGCUUUGCGCAAUUGCAGUACAACAAAUCAAUGGCCACCCGGACGCAGACGCUAAACAUGGAGGGAAUUUGGCUUACCGUGCCAAUUAUUGUGGUGCGACUCUCUACGAGAAAGUACGUGAGACUUGCCAUGCCGUCCGUGGAGUCUCUAACCAAGAGUUUCUGGAUUCAAAGGACGCCAGCACAUUCUUGUUCGGACGUGGUAUUGGAAAGCGAGGUUUGCACCAUGAAUGCUGCACUGAAGGAUGCAGCAUCGAGGAGAUUUAUGAAUCCUGCUAAAGGAGACACCAACACCGACCUAGCUAACUUCUUGCCAUCGGCGGAUUUAGCUUUACAACAAAAAAAGUUUUCCGUCUUUUUCCAAGAUAUGAGUGGUGGUGGUUUCUUCGCCGAAAUAAAUAUCAAGUAAAAUGGCAUUUGCUUCCUUUUAUGACAGUUCGUGAAUAUUGAAUGGGUAGGUCCUAGUUUAAACCCUUUUACCUCGCAUUGCUUGGGGAAUGGAUUAUACCCCGGAAGCCUCAGCUGUCUCAAAAUAAAUUUUGGCCUCUUGAUUGUAUCGCAAAAAACAUACAUUUUCGAAGUCUCGAUCCAACCAAAUCGAUCCAACUUUUCUCCUUGCGCAGAACUGAACGGAUCAACAGUUCAGGUCCCUCACAGUAGAAAUGAAGUAUAUUACAAGACACAACAGCUUACUUCUCAAACUAAGACAACCUUCUUGUUAAGACAACUGUGUUCGUUUGUUUGAACAUCGACAGUUGCUCUUUAUUUUAUAGGAAGUGUUAUGUUUAACGAAGCAUUUUAAAAACGAAGAAUGACUCCUCUUUGCAGUGAGCUUAUGGGCUAUAUAUGAAACCCGGAUAGUGUUUUAAAGCACGAAGAAAAAUACAUUUUCGUACCAUAUCCACGCUUACGCAUUAUUUAGAGUUCUUCUUUCGGUAAAUACAUCUUUGUUUACAUAAAAAGGCCGACUAUGCAGGGCCUAUUAUAAGAUUACCCGGUCCUUGGUUUUCUUUUUUCUCUUGCUGUUCUGUUUUUUUUUUUUCAACAAGAUUUUAACCUGCAAGCAUGAAGGAUUAAAGUUUACCUG